AUGGGCGAAUUACAGUACCCAGGCGCACCUAGCGUCGCGGACGACGAGAGGCAGUACCGUGCACCGUUCCGCCGCGCCCCGCAGUACAGAUGGCCCGCGCCACAGCCCCCGCAGCCGUCGGCCUUCGCCCCCUGGCGCAGGGCUCCUGCGCCGCCGCGGCCCCCGGACUACCGUCGUAGUGCAUCGUACCCAGGGAAACCUGACGACACUUACCAGGAUCGAAGUGGUUUGGAGAACAUGAGGUCCUUGGAGCAUUAUCUCACCGACAUCAUGAGGGCAGACACGUCAGAUCACAUGAAAGGCAAGUCGCCGUUCUUCCCCGGAGUGGAGGAGGCCGCGGUGGCGGUGGCGGGUGGCGCUGUGGGCGCCGGCUCGCCAUCAGUGCCCUCCGACCAGCAGGAUGUUGUCUCGCGGCUGAGCGCGGCCGGGCUGUCAAUGUGCGUCAGCGCACUUGGUUCGCCGGCGCGCUCGUCCCCCGUCUCCGCGGGCUCGGAGCACGGCGAGCGGUUCAGCAGGAAGGUAUUCGUGGGCGGGCUGCCACCGGACAUCGAUGAGGAUGAGAUUACGUCGUCGUUCCGCCGCUUCGGGCCACUGGUGGUGGACUGGCCUCACAAGGCCGAGAGCAAGAGCUACUUUCCUCCAAAGGGAUACGCGUUCCUUCUGUUUCAGGACGAGAGCUCAGUGGCCGCUCUGAUGGAAGCGUGCAUCACCGACGAUGACAAACUGUAUCUGUGUGUGUCGUCGCCCACGAUCCGCGACAAGCCGGUGCAGAUCCGGCCGUGGCGGCUCGCUGAUGCGGACUACGUGCUGGACGCGAGCAUGCCGCUGGACCCGAGGAAGACUGUGUUUGUGGGCGGAGUGCCGCGCCCUCUGAAGGCUGUGGAGCUGGCGAUGAUAAUGGACCGGCUGUACGGCGGCGUGUGCUACGCCGGCAUCGACACCGACCCGGAGCUUAAGUACCCUAAGGGCGCCGGUCGCGUUGCGUUCUCGAAUCAGCAGUCGUACAUCGCGGCCAUCUCGGCGCGCUUCGUGCAGCUUCAGCACGGAGACAUCGACAAGCGCGUAGAGGUGAAGCCGUACGUGCUGGACGACCAGAUGUGCGACGAGUGCGCCGGCGCACGCUGCGGCUCCAAGUUCGCGCCCUUCUUCUGCGCCAACGUGACCUGUCUGCAGUACUACUGCGAGCACUGCUGGGCGACGAUCCACUCGCGGCCGGGCAGGGAGUUCCACAAGCCUCUGGUGAAGGAGGGCGCUGACCGGCCGCGCGCGGUGCCCUUCCGCUGGUGUUAGUGUGGGCCGCGUGGGCGAGCGUGGGCCAGCCGCGUGGGCAAGUAAUGCGUGCUGGGGUAAUUUCUGGUUAAUUUCGAAAUGGGGUAAUCAGUUAAUUGUGAUGGGGUUACUUUUUGAUGGGGUAAAGAUACCCGUUGGGUAUGCUGUUUGUUUGUGAUUAGGAAUUUGCUUUGGCCCUCGAUUUAAUAACAUCUGUCGCCCCUUCGUGUAAUCUCUAGUUGAAGCAUAGCUAUUUUUAGUGAAUUUUGGCUAUUUUUAUAUUUAUUCUUGCACGAUGCGAUGGGAGCUGACUAUCUAGCAUGCGAUUAAGCCCAGACUUGCCCACGCGCAGGGCUCGGCGUUACCGCGCCCGAGUUCCAUGUUAUCGAGGCAAUUCGAUGUGAAAAGUUGUCGUCCGAACAAGAUUACGCAAAAAUUCUUAAUGUUGAAAUAUAGAAAAAUAUAUUAAAAAUAACUUAGUUGACGGCCACUCCAUUUGUAAUCAUGUAUCGGUGGUGUGGUCGGGUUUGGUAAAUUUUAGAUUUUCCCCCGCGUUUUCUUGUUUCGACGAUAUCUGAGGCCGGUGUAUGUAAACCUGGCAACACUGGUGCGUUGGUAGAACAUAGCAGUGGUGUAAAUCUACCAAAGUCCGUCAUUCCCAAUACCAAAAAGGUGAGCUACUGAAUAUUUCUACCAACGUGGUAGAAAAUGCCAAUAAACGGACAUGACUUGCGAAGACAACCUCCUGAUUGGUCGACACAGACGUCUCACGGCGUUCGGAAAUUAAAAAUAAUUACCCAUUGUAUAAUGUUAAGCAAAAUAUAGAAUUCAAGUACAAGACGCUAAAUGGACGCCGCGGAACGUCCGCGCGGUGUUGCCAGCUCGGGGGAAAACUCCCAAAAUGGUAGAAUCCGCGCGGAGGUUCCGCGACGUCGGUUCGUUUUAAGCAAAAUGUAUCCAAAAAAAAAAAUAUUAGCUAGUUGUCCGUUUGUCGUUUGUGAUUUUUGAUGAUGCACAUUAUCUGGGGCCUGUUGGUGAUCACCUUCAGGGCCGGAGUGCACGCUCACUUAGAGAAGUAAUAUAAGGCAUAAGUGUAUGUCUAAACUUUCACAAAAAUGAUGCGGUCGAAGCCGCGUCGUUGACGACUUCGAAGCCGCCAAGGCGGCUAUCGGAUACGGCUUCGACGCGGCGUCUGGCCGUGUUCAACAACGGUACCUGUGUAGCUAGAAUGAAUUUCCUAAAUCUAGAUUUUUUUUUCACCCCCUUACCCCGAUUUUCUCGACGCGGACGUUGCGGUCGUCUCUAUUUGGAAUGUUUGGACCCGUGGCUCGAGUUGCUCGACAAUGCUUGAUAAAUCAAUUUUUAUUGCUGUUAUCUGGUUAUUUUUUUAAUUUUAUAGUCUUAUAGAGGGUAAUUUUGACAUUGCGUUACUAAAUGAAACCACAUACUUACUAUAUAGAUCUGUCUUGGUUGGAUUUUGCUGUCUGUUCCCGGUUGAUAACGCUUGCUUCUUAUCUGUAGUUUGAGACUUGAUGCGAUUAAUUUUUGUAUGGGUGAAUCGUUGUGAAAAUAUCUACUUGGAAAUGACACUUUACAAUUAGAUACUUGAGCCGUAGAUGUGAAAUAAAAAAAAGUGUAAUUUUCCAACAAAAUCAAUAUUAAAGAGUAUUUUCAAUUUUACGCGCCCUAAUACCACUACAACUACUUUAAGAGAAUUCGUCGCAGCGACAUCAUACUUUCAGUCAGAAAUACACUCACACGCCACAUUCGCAUUAAACUACAAAAUGAUAAAAAAAUCUGAAAACUAAAACAAGGAUUUUUCGCAAAAAUAUUAGUUAUUAAUGAAUGAUUUUUGAACAAUGUCAGCAAAGAUGGAAGACGAGUAUGUGGUUUCAUUUAGUAACGCAAUGUCAAAAUGACCCUGUAUAUGAAACUAGAAUGCCUGACUAGCGUUGUCGCGUGACUCGGUCCUAUACCCCGUAAGGAUCAGAACACCACUUCGUUUUUGGGUUGGUUUCCUUUGCCUUGGCAUCUACGGGAGGCGGUAGGAUUGUGUCUAGGAUUUCUGGACCAAGUCUCUGGCAUUGUUGCCCGUCCUGUUGGCUCAUUUGCAUUGGUUGUCGCGUCAGUGGAAACUGUCAGUCGAGGCUCAAGUGUGAGUCAACUGUCAGUCGAGGCUCAAGAAGUGCUCGUUGAGCAGGAUGAUCCAAGUUGGUUAACAUUGAUUUUUUAAGCUAUCAAUGAUUCAAUAAUGAUAAAUGUUUCGUUCUAUUGCAGUGUUACUACAUUGCAUUAAUAUAAAAUAAGUCCUUGAUACAUAAUAAUAAAGGUCAUUUUCGAUAGUUUGAAACAAUUUUGACCUCCACAGCACUCAGUCGAAAGUGAUUUUGGAAAGUGCUAUGGCAUCUUUACUUCGUAUAACGAUUGGCAUACUAUACUAUGAUAUCUGUGGAUCGAACAAUAAUAGCCAGGGUUUGGUUAAUCCCUGGAGCGAUCCAAGAUACCUAUCGGGAUAGCGGGCAGUCGAACAGUGCGAAUGAGCCAAUGGUUGUAUUCGAUAGUUACCAAAUCUGGCUGUAGUUAAUUUUUAGCGUUUCUUAUAAUAUUGUUAAUAAUAUAUUGAUGUUUUUUCCUUUGGUCGAUGCCGGGAUAGUGCAAUAGAAUUUGUAGUUUAGACUUAUAGUGUUACGGUCGUUUUUUGGACACGUUUGAUUCUAAUCUUGCUCGCAGCGGCGGCGCCGAAGCCGAACUAUUUUGAAGGGUCUGAUUUGGCUCAAAAGUUGUCUUCAAGUCCACGAUGAGCUGUGUUGAGCCUCGUACGUUUUGAGCAUAGUUUUUGAGUCUAAUUUGGCGUCUGCCUGUGUCCACUUUACGGCUCUGGAGCUCGUGUGCCUUGCUGAGAAUUUCGUGUUUUAUUUUACCUCUUAGUUAUUCAUUUUAGUAUCAGGAAUAUAGGUUUAAAUAUCAUUUCCAUCAAUCUGAAUUCGAAAUGUAAAUUUCCAUUAUCAGUUUUGAACCCAUGGCCCAAGUUAAAAACGUGAGAUCAGUAUAUAUGUAGUAUGUUAUUAGGCGAGACAAGUAAAUAACUAUGAAUUAUAACACAAUUAUAAAUUGCUUAUAGUUUGUGAUUUACCCCAUAUAAUGCAGGAAUUUAAUAGGAUAUAACACUAUACCCCAAUAAACAAUGUUUAGCUACCCCAAUUUAGAUUUGCAAAAUGUGUUUUUCUCAGUAUUUUGGCACACGAUGCUCCUAGUAUUGAUAAUUGUUGAAGAAUUUGUGAUUCGUUUUGCCUUACGAGUGUGCUACGGAUAUUGAUGGCAUUUGAGAUUGGAGUAUUCGACAGAUUAAUGCUCAGAGUUUGUAUAUUCGCAUGGAUGCAGUCACGGCAUAAUAAUUGCAAUCGACAACUUUACUUCAACAGCUAACUAUUUGUGUAAUGUUAAUUUUAGUUUUGUAAAAGUUUCUGAAGUGUUAGCAUUUUCAUGAAAUUUCCAGCCUGUAAUCUCGAAAUAUAGACAUAAUCCAAGUAAAAUAUUAAAAUAUAUUCAUUCAUUUCCAUACGCACUGUUAAAAUUCAAUAAAUAAAUUGGAGUAACAUCGAACCUAUGGAUAUAUCAAUUCGUAUUCCCGUCUCAAAUGCCCGUCAAGCUUGCAAUUCUUUUUUCUAUAUCGGACCAACGCGUAUGUCGAAAUUCGUCUUUGUUUCGACUCAGAUGUCGGACAGUACGGGCAGAGCUGAGCGGUGUCGCUCCCGCGGGGUACUCGGGUAGCGUACACGGUUUUAAAGUAAAUUUGCACCAAUUUCUCUUGUUAAUAUUUAUAUCAGACAUUAAAGCUUUAGUAUAAUAUAGAUUAGAUAUGUAUUUAUAUAGGUAAUUGAAUUAGAGAAUUGUAGGCAAUUUUUGAUAUCUAAUUCGGGGGUGUUUGCCUAUAAGAGUUGCUCUGUAGGACAGGGUUUUUCAAAGUUGAAUACUCGUUUCAUGGGGUGCGCAUAGGGGUGAGGAAAACCAACUAAACACAUUAACUUGUGAUUGCUUGAAACAUAACAAAAUGUUCACCAUAUAUAUUUCAGUUUUAUUUGAAGGGGUAUCUUAUCUUAGAAAUGGGAGUAAGUAGAGAUAAAACUUUGAGCAACCCUGAUGUACUUUAGAUGACCCUAAACACCACAUUGGUCGAGAUUUUUCUAUCAUUUGCUAGGUAUAGUGAUAUUUCAAACCGCCCAGCAUUGCCCGUCGAAAUUUGGAUAAAAUUUGCAACGACUUAACCGUUGUCAUUUGUUAUGGCGCCAUACGUUUGCCCCGUGGUAGUUUUUCAAAGAAUUAACGAAAACUGUGAAAACAGUAAUGGAAAAAUUGGGGUAACAUAAAAACUAAUCGAAAAUUUAUAUUUAAAAGAACUUAAUAUAUAAAUGCUGUCGAUCUAUUGAAAAUCAUUUUUUAUGCAUUGGGAUACCCCAUUACUGAAAACUUUAACAAAUUUUUACCCCAUUCCUUAACACCUUAAAAAUUUUCUUAGUUUGGGGAUUCGUUUAAUUUUAUCGAUAUACUACCACGGGACGAGCGUUGGCUUUUUCGAUGGUUUUUAAAUAUCGUGUACUUAACCGUCUCGUGGGGUCAGCGUUAACCCAAACCCUACGGACGUUAGACUGUAGACAUAAAAGACUUGUGUGUUGAAAAAUUUUUUGAUGAGUUUUUUGCGAUGGUUUCGAUAGAUUUUUUCGUGUCGUCUAUUCUCAAUUUUGCGAGGCUAAACAGUGCCUUUACGUGGGCGAGUGUUAGUGUUACCCCCUCCCUAUGAUACCCCACUUGGGGUAGAUUGACCUCGUUUUGAAAAAAUGGGGCAUUCACCCCGUUUUGCCAGAGCGGGGUGCGCGUAGUUCCUUGAGGCCCGGCAAUGUUCACGUCGUGUUUUUCCUGCGAUCGACAGUUAUUUCUACACUGCAUGGCGUCGUGUCGGUUUCUGCCCCAUUCGCGCGCACUACAGCGUUCUAUUUUUCACACGUCGAAUGGGGUAAAAUGGCGCGACAGUUUUGUUUCAGAGAACGUAGUCGCAUCUCGCAUCUACGUAGUGCGUUUUAGUGCAAUCUGCCAUCACAUACCAAGACAAUUUAUGGGACUUUUUUAGGUCGUAAAUGAACAUACGGUUCGAGUAUUACACAAUUAAAGUAGGCGAAAUAUUUGAAUAUUUAUAUAUUUUCUUAGUAUUUAGAUACGGCAUGUACAGAACGCGCGCGACGGUCGACGCUCGCGGCCCGUCGCGCGCUCGAUAGUCAAAUAAUAGUUUUCAAAUAACUCUAGUGAAUGCGAAAUUGCGGAUUCGUGAUUUUUUCUCUAAAUAAAUUAAUAAAAAAAUAAUAAAUAAAUAAAUAGAAGUAUGUUAGUGAAUAUUUUUAAUGUCACGCCUUGUUAACGCCCUCGUCACGCCUGGUUUUGUCGUUCACCCCCCACUCGGCACUUACGCUCCCUUACCCCCGUUUCAUGGCGUUUGUUUUUUUUUUUUUUAAUGCAUUUUUCCACAAAUUGCUAACGGUAUUUCUUGGUACAAGGUUUAUUUGGCGGUUGUAGAACGUUUACAGAAUUUUUUUAAACAACCUGUGCGCGAACGUGUGUUUAGAAUGGAGUUUACUUUGUAACAUUUAUUUUACGAUGCGCGGUGUCGUUUUUUUUGUCGUAAUCCCCCCCAAUGUUUUGCUCAACGUUUGGAUACGCCCCCUUACUGAACGAAAGCCGAUAUCGACGGGACGCGCGUGUGUGUGUGAGUUUUGAGUGAGUAGCGUUGCACUGUCCCAUUUUGUAUUUUUGUAUUUUUAUAAAAACGACUAUGAAAAAUUUGAUACAAUUCGUGAAAAGUGAUUUUUUUACGCGCGCGCAACGGACGCGGGCGGAGCCCCGCGGGGCUCGCGCGCCGGCGUCCCUAAAACUUAAUUGGUGUUUAUAGAGUUUUAAUGUGGUGUGACUGUGAAGCCGUGGUGAAGCCGCGGCCCAGCUGGAUGUCGCCGCGUGUCGAAGACUCGCGGCCCGAUUAGUGGUUUCGUUUAGUUCAAUUGAUGUUUGUCGGGCGAUUCGGCCCAUGUUUUAUUGUUGUACGCACGUUUUUGGAUCGGUUUGAGGCCGCCUCGCGGGCCGUGGGUUGCGGCGCGAUCCGCGUUCGCGUUUUCUGUUCGUUUUGACGAGAGGUUUUCGUUUUUUUGGUUUAGGUGUCGCUGCGAGGCGGUGGUUUUUUCUCUCGAUAACGUUAGUUUGUAGGUCUUUGCUUUUUUUCUUGUUUUUUUUUUGGUUUAAGACGGUUUUUGUGCCGAUUCGGGGCAGAUUGUUGCAGAGAUGAGUCGGUGAUAUAGUUAAAAGAAAUACUGGGUAAUUUACCCCUUUUUCCGUUGUAAUAAAGGCGUUUAUCCACCGAGUCUGUCUUGUGGGAGUAAGUUUCCUACUCUGGACCGGCUUCACCCCGGCCCCUCUGCAACAGUCUCCCCACAGUUCCUGUUGUCGGUUGAGUUGUAAUGAACGGGUGUAACGAUGCGCGUGUGUUUCCAUUAGUAGCUCGCAUGGCAUAUCAGGACUCGGGCGACGCGGGGGGCACCCUGACUACAACAAAACACUAUUUUUAAUCGAUAUUUAUAGCGUAAUGUUUAAUGUAUUUUCGACUCGGAGGUUCGAUGUUCGUGUCCCCCCUACAAACUCCCCCCCCCUGUCCGCACACGAGCCCUUCCCCCCACUCCUGUCCCCUUCUACAUCACGUUACGAAUGGGUGUCGCACGUUUCAAUGCAUGUAUAUAAAUAUCGUUGCGAGUUAGUCGAAAAAGAUAAAAACCGCCAAAAAAAUGUUUUUUUACUAUAUUUAAAAGUACGGCACGAGGUUCGUUCGUACGGUAGCUAGUUGGCGGCGCGCGGCUCUGCCCGCGUCUGUCUUGUAAAAUUCUCUUAGUAAAAUUAUCAUUAGAACAAUUCAUUAAUAAUCUAGUUGAAUAUUUUUAAUGUGAAUAAAAUAGGAUGUUGAAUUUCCUUAUUUUUUCGUGAUUUAUAGUUCAAUGUUGCGUCGCUUGGCGGCGUGUUUGACCGGUGUAUAUUUUUAUAUGAUUUUUGUUUUACCCCAAAAAUUUUAUUUACCCCAAUUCGAAUCGGGUGUUUACUGAAAUUAUCCUUUAGAUCAAUCUCGAAUCACACCGAAAAUGAUAACCACUAGACAGUCAAACACUUCGUCACGCCGUCACUUCGUGUGGUUUUCUAUUUUUGACUCGUGUAACGCGCAAGGCGUUUGACAUGCGUGCGCCGUCGGAAGACGCGGUAGACGUUGCGCCGGCUCUGGAAAUGCGAGUUUGCCGUGAGGUGCGCGCCAAAUGUUGAUUUGUUGCUUUUCGAUUGUGACUUUAAUGAUCAGCGUUUAAAGUCGUUAAUUUAAAAUGAAUAUUGAAAGAUGAAGAUGGUAUGAUUUGGCAUUUUGAAUUUUAAUUUCAUUGAUAAGUUAAAAAAAAACACGAUCGACUCAUAUUAUGUGUUGAGGUAUAUGAAAAACUGAAAAUCCAUUGUAUGAAGUUGUGAGAAUCUUUUUAAAUAUUUUUUGGUAAACUUAAAAUAACAUCGAUGUUUGGCGCGUACAUUUAUUUUUAUAACUAGCUCAAAUGUUUUUUUGUAUUAGAAUGAAUUAUUGAUUAGUGUAAUAUCAAUUGAUGUGUUAUGAAAUUUCUAUUUUUUAAAGAAUAUUAAUAGUUGCUUUGUGGUAUAUUUUUAAAAUUAAAUGCUUUUCACUAUGGAUUCCUUUGAUGACGUUUUUUUAUUUAUUGUACGAUUAGUGUUUUCAAAAUGGCGGCGUGUGUCUAUUAGCGGCGAGUCGGCGCUUCUGUUUCAGAUUCAAUAUAUUUUUAUAGACGUUGAUUGUAUUGUUGACAUGAAAUGUUCGUUUUCUGGCCUGUUUUGUGAUUUUUUGGAGCGCAGGCGCGGUUGGAUGAUUUUGUUUAAUCAUAAUUAGGACACAAGAACAUAUAUUAGUUGCGUGCUUUUGAAUCCCUAAAAAUUAUGCACUUAAAUACGCGAAAGCCAUUUUAAAACUUAUGGGGUUCGUUAUAAGGUUUAAAGUGUCGCUUUUUUUUUCUCCCCCAAAAGUCUAGCCGCGCCUACGUGUUAUCGCCGUUUGGUGCCCCCCCCCACCCCCCAUUUUUCCGUUAGCGGUGCCACGACGCCUAGCGACGAAAUAGUGAGAUUUGUUAAGUUAAUUUGUAAGCUUUUCUUUUAGUGGUAAGAAUUUUUUGGAGUGUUAAGGAACGCUGCGUGUGUGACCGGCCCAAAAGGUUUAACCAACAUAAACAAUAAUAGUUGUCACUGCUGUUGAAGAAAAAACUAUCAGUAUUAUUGUGUCGAAUGGAUGGUAAAAUAUUGGUUUCGGUACUUACAUUAUUCGCAAACAAUAAAAUAUGUAGUGUCAGUUAUAUUUGACAGCUAACUAAUGUAUUUAAUAUUAGCCAAUCACAGCGGCCCUUCGCCUAUGUACUGCGUAUGCUGUCAAGCCAUACGCAUUAAGAACUUUAGUAUUACUCUAUCCUUAGCUAAAGGUUGAAUAUAAUCAUUAGAGUAAAUUGCAGUAAUAUAUCCGAGCAACAUUAUGCAAUGGUUUUACUAAACAACUAUAUUGUCGCAAAUGGACAAAGAAACAUUUUGAUACCACAUUUUGUCGUAUAAUAAAACAAAUAUGGAGAAAACGAUGUUAAAUGAAAGUAUUACUCUAGAAAAGUUAAAGAAAAACUUUUUGGAUUACUCAAGUUUUUACCCCAUGUUGACAUCGAAAUAAAAGUAGUUUUCUAUUUUCUCUUCACAUAAAAAAUAGAAAAAAAAAACAAAAAAAGACGAGAAAAUCAGAAAAAUAUUUUUGUUUUGAUGUAUUUACCCCAUAAUUUUUACCCAAUUUCACUUGGCCGGUCACCCCAGCGUUAUCUCCCGCACCGAACGGCACACGAUAACUUAUACCUUUGCCUGUACAGUUACUUGGUAAUGUCUAUUUUUUUCUAUCUAAUGGAAGGAGAGUAUUAAAAUGAAUUUGAAAUUUGCCCGUGUUUUGCUUUAGGGAUGGUGCAAUUUUUUUGUUUUCGAUUUUUUUUUGAGACGUUAUGUUUAAACGUUGAAUGACUUUUUUUUCAAACAUUUGGAUUUCUUUUGUGUUCAUUUUGAUAAAGAAAUGGUGUGGUCACGUAUCGACUGGUAGAUAACCCAUGUGGUAAACUAUCAAAACAUAAAAACCGCAUUCAAUUUUGAUGCUUGUCAGUUGUAACGUGACUUCACAUAAAGAGGUAAUAUAGCGUAUCGUGCCCCCAAAUCCUUAUCACGGGCUAUUAUAUUGACCAAAGAUGUUACCAAAAAAUCAGUGGAAUGAUCGACGCCGCGCCAAGCGAUUCCUAAACAUAAUUUCGACAUGGCAUUCGCGGAUUCCGCGCGAGUUAAAAAAAAAUCGCGAAUUUCGCAUAUCACGAAACGCGCGCGGAAAUCGCGAACGCGUUAAUGAAGCCCGUUUUGAUGUAUUUUUGACGUUUAUUUAUUUUUUACCUCGUUUUUUAUAUAACAUUUUUUUUUUAUCGUAGCGUAGUUAUUUCAGUAUUUUUUUUUGUUGUUUUGUUAUUCACCGCAACUAGAUGUUAAGCUUUUUGCAAAUGUUAUGCACCUCGACGGUAAGAAUAUAAUGAAUUGUGCGUUUGUAAAUCUGAGCUUUACCGAAUAUUGUAUGAUAUAUUUUUUGUUUUUACAUUUUUUUUCAUACAUUUAUUUCUAUAUAAAGCGGGCGGGUCGGAUGCGUCGCGGCUUUAAAAAAGAAAAAACAAAAAAAAAAAUCUUACCUGUGAAAUUUACCUGAAAAUGUGUACUAUCCAGCGAAAA